AAAUGGAAGCGAAACCUACUCUGACUCGGUUUCCCUUUCCGUACGCGAGAGUCGGUGUGUGCGUUUCCCCCCGAUCACGGUGCAACAGUUCAGCAACGUGUUUUUAAAAAGCCUUUAUAAGCGAGCGACAUCUCGGACUGCGGACAGGAGCUCGAGCACCUGAAGAGGAAGAAGCAGUCCAGUUGGAAAUCAUUGGCAUGAUCUGAAGUUCCAGACGGUUGAGCUCGAUCGUCGGUGCCGCGCGUACUUUCUGUGUUCGCGUUGUGACGGUUGCUCUUGUUCCUUUUUUCUGUUCCCUAUAGUUUCUGGCAGCACCUUUGUUAAACACUGCAACUUGUUCCGCCGCCGCCUGCCGCCGGCUCGAACUCAUCUAGGUAUAGAUUCAGUGACAUAUCCAAGGACACAUGGGCCGGUUGUGGUCGGCUUACCAGCAGGGUGCUCUCCCCGUGUAAUGUUCCUGCCCUGACUUUCCAUCAGGUUCUGCUGUUUUUGCCAGAGGACAUACACUCGGACAGAGGCGGCACAGCCAGCUGCACCGGCCCACUUCACGCUCACCCCCUGCGCUAUGAGCAGAGGUAGAGGAGGGCCUUUCAGAGAACACUUCCACAGAUAUCCACCCCCUCACCUCCAGGUCAAGGAGAAUUACAGCAGGCCUGGCCCGACCUCACCCUACCCCAGAGCUGGCCCGCAGCAGAUCCCAUAUUCAAGUUACUACAACAACAACAACCCUGCCCCACCUGUAGCAGCCACACAGCCUCCAGCUUCCCCUCUCAUUCCCUCUGCCCCACCCAUACCAAGCCACAUUAAAGCAGCCCCUAAACCUGUUGCCCUUAACAAUUCACAUAACCAAAAUUACAUUACCGGUCCUGUCCCCAAUUCAUUUCAGGACCAGCUGGUGGGGUUCCUGAGAGGACACAGCUCUGAGGCUCCACAGUUCAGAGACAGUCUGCAAGUAGGGGGAGCAGUACCCAGCAGACCACGCAGUUCCUCAUAUCAGCUUCAGUCAGGGUACAGUAGAUAUCCAAGCCCCAACAGCAGCUUAAGGGGUAGAGGUGGGUACAGCCAGGAUCAGAGCUUUCCAUACACACCCAGUGUAGGACCCCAAGGCCCUCAACACCUGAAUCCUAACCAGUUACGGGGUAAAACAAACAAACAACACUCCAACAGACAAUGGCGCAUCCAAACAGACUCUUUGUGUGACAAAUUUCAGAGUUUGUCUGUUCAUCGAGACAGGUCCAACAGAAGAGAACGGUUUGAGAGAUUUUCUGUAUCCAGUGACUCAGGAAGUUCAGGCUUCAGUAAGGUUAACAUUACUCUCAAUCCUGCCAUUCAGGACCUGGUACACAGGGCUUUGGCCGCUCUGAAGCCAAGUCAGAGCACCUCUGCAAAAUUGUUAGCCAAAAAGCUGCGUCUGCCCAAAAAGAUAGUGAACAAGGCCCUCUACUCUUUGGAACAAUCACAGAAAGCCUCUAAACAAGGACUCUCCCCUCCUGUGUGGACUCUUUACAGAGAACUUCUCAGAUACACAGAAGAUCAAAACUCUGAAGUACAAACUCCACUAUCCCAUCUGUGUGUCAGUUUAGACCAACCUCAAAAACCUGAAGUCAAGGUUGGUCUUAAAGCAGAAACAGCCAGAAACUGGCCACAGGCCAAAGGAGAGGACUCUGACACAGAAUUCAGUUCUUCAUACUACUCUUCUGUUGAGUAUUCUGACUCUGAAGGAGCCCGGUCACCACCAAGAGGUCGGCACGAAGCGAAACAACAUCGCAACACUACCUGCUCUGACCAGGAACUGCAGCUUCCCACGAUGACCCAACAGAAGGAGUUAGUUAUGCGGUACCUACUGGAUUCAGGGGAGGCAAAUGCUCUCGCCAUAGCCAAAAACCUGGGUCUGAGGAAUGGCAAGCAUGUCAAUCCCACCCUUUAUGCUCUGGAGAAGCAAGGUGACGUCGUUAAGAAUAGCAAAGUCAACCCUCCCACUUGGGAGCUCUCCAGCCGCCGCAAAGAAAGGAUGGAGAGGACCCUCAAAGCAGCACGGUGCACCACAGCUGAGGGGAGACGGAUGGAGGAGGAGCCCAGUGGAGAAGAGAAGGCAGGAGGCUCCAUCUUCCUUCCAUCAUCAACAAUACCAGGCCCCGAGCCCGUCUCACUUCCAGAAGGCUGGAUCUCAGAGCUAAGUCACAAAGAAGCUCAGUCCGAUUCCUCUCUUCGCCCCCCCCCAUUCCCCUCAUGUGAAGACAAAGAGACCAACGAAGGAGAGUGGGCCACAGACGACAUCCCAGAAUUCCUCAAUGCCAUUCGCCGAGAGACAGAUGCUGAAAGACUGGCAGCAGAGAAGUCCAACGCCAUGGGAACUGUUGCUGUGUCACUGGCUGCCCCGCCUCCACAGAACCUGUGGGCCAAGUUACAGGAAGUGAGACUGAAGAACCCAGUCAGCGGCCUCAUGGAGUAUGCCCAGUAUCUGGGCCAGAACUGUGAGUUUCAGCUCCUGGACCAGUCAGGACCGUCCCACGACCCAAGAUUUCGUAUGCAGGUGAUGCUCAACGGGAGGCUGUUUCCUGUCGCAGAGGCUUCCAGUAAGAAGGUUGCAAAGAAGGACGCCGCUGCGGCCACGCUACGCAUUCUUUUCGGAGAGAUGCAGGGAGGGGGGAGCACAGCGGACAAUGGAAAUACUGACAAUACAGAGAAAGUCAUGGAUUUACUCCCUGACACAAGUGGGGCAGUUGACAGCAUUGGGGAAAUUUUUGGGUCCAGUAGCGCGGAAGGUAUCGGGAUUGCGGAGGGACCACGCCAGCCACUGUCCCGCUCUCUGCCUGGUGGGAAGAAUCCAGUGUCUGUCCUGAUGGAGUACAGCCAGCGCAGCGGGAACCCCAUCGAAUUCAUCAUCACGGGGCAGGCAGGUCCGCCCCAUGACCCACGGUUCAUGUACAGGGUGAAGGUUGGUGAGAGCUUGUUUGCCGAGGCCUCAGCUCCAAGCAAGAAGGCAGCCCGCCAGCUGGCAGCAGAGGAGGCCGUCAAAGAAUUAAUGGCUGACGGGAAAUUGCAGCUCAACAAGCCUCAACUGCCUCUGGGCUCCUCCAGUGAUAGUGAUGGCACCGGCUCUGGGACUACAUGUCCCUCUUUGCCCCCUCUGACUGUAGAUGAGUUGCGAGCAGCUCACGAGGCAGGGGUCGGGGACCUCAUCAACCACCUGAACAACAACGCAGUGUCAGGUCUUCUGGAGUACGCCAGAGCUCGGGGCUUCGCUGCAGAGAUUCGCCUGGUGGGCCAGUCUGGGCCAGCACAUGAGCCGAAGUUUACCUACCAGGCUAAGCUCGGAGGACGGUGGUUUCCUCCAGUCUGUGCAUCCAACAAGAAACAAGGAAAACAGGAAGCAGCAGAUGCUGCUCUACGGGUUCUGAUAGGAGAAGCUGAGCGGGCGGCCCGCACCGGGGAGCUUAUCCCAGCUGAGCUUCCAGUGAGUGGCAGCACUUUGCACGACCAGAUAGCAAUGUUGAGCCACCAGCGUUUCAACGCCCUAACCACACGUAUCCAACACAGCCUACUGGGACGCAAGAUUCUGGCCACCAUCGUCAUGAGGAAGGGGGAGGGCCUGGGGACCGUUGUCAGCCUGGGAACUGGAAAUCGCUGCGUCAAAGGGGAGGAGCUAAGUCUUAAAGGGGACACUGUUAAUGACUGCCACGCUGAAAUCAUCUCCAGAAGGGGAUUUCUUCGGUUUCUGUACAGUGAGCUGCUCAGGCACUAUGACGGCGCAGAGGACAGUAUAUUUGAGCUGGCGGAGAACCGACUGCGGAUCAAAUCUGACAUCACCUUUCACCUUUACAUCAGCACAGCACCUUGUGGGGACGGGGCUCUGUUUGACAAGUCCUGCAGUGAGGCUGGGGAUGAGGUCGAGGGCCACCAGCCUCUGUUUGAGAAUACCAAGCAGGGCAAGCUCCGCACCAAAGUGGAGAACGGUGAGGGCACCAUCCCGGUGGAGUCGAGUGCCAUUGUUCCCACCUGGGACGGCAUCCAACAUGGAGAGAGGCUGCGGACGAUGAGUUGCAGUGAUAAAAUCCUACGCUGGAAUGUGCUGGGCCUGCAGGGGGCGUUGCUCACCCAUUUCCUUCAUCCCAUCUACCUGAAGUCCAUCACCCUCGGCUACCUGUACAGCCAUGGUCACCUGACACGUGCCGUGUGCUGUCGGCUGUCCAGAGACGGCGAAGCGAUUGUGCAGAGUCUCCCUCCUCCAUUCAUGCUUAACCACCCAGAGGUGGGCAGGGUGAGUGUGUAUGACUCCACACGUCACACGGGAAAGACCAAAGAGUCGAGUGUGAACUGGAGCUUUCCAGACCAGCACAGUGUAGAGGUGCUGGACGGGACCAAAGGCAAACUGGAUGGGUAUGUAGGAAACCCCUUGGCCGCAUUUCAUAUGAUAAAACGGAACAAACUGGCCGUGUCCCGCGUCUCCAAGUCCAACUUUUUCGGUCUGUUCCGCUCUCUGUGUCAGCGGUGCGGCCGUGCAGACCUCCUCUCCCUGUCCUCGUACUCCCAGGCCAAGAUGUCGGCCAUGUCCUUCCAGCUCGCAAAGCAGCAGUUCUUCCAAGCGCUCGGCGUCCACGGUUACGGCGCCUGGAUCAGCAAACCGCUGGAGGAGAAGAGCUUUGAGGCAGGGGAGGGAACUGGGUGCAAUGGAACAAGUGUCCAUAUGGGAUAUGGCAGCAGUAGAAACGGAGGAGCGGUGGAGCACAAGCAAGAGGAAUCGUAGGAUAGUUGAUCUUGGAAGUGGGUAAUAUAAUUCAGUGGGGGAAGAAAAGCACAAGCCAGGGGCCAAUGUAAAAGAAGGAAGAAAAGGACAAUCAAACCAUGUGGCCUGUUCUGAUGGAACGUGGUUAAAGGCUGCAGAGGAAGGCUGCGACGGGAAGGAACAAAAUGAAUGAGAUGAGAUGGUGAGGUCAAAGCCUGAUGGACAAGUGGGGUCACAGUAGACGGAGGGUUUAGGGACAGAUUCAGGGGACGUACAAAACAAUGUAAACACUACAUGAAAAAGGAAUUUGUAUGACAAACACUGCUAAAGAGCCGAGUUGUGUUAGCUUGCACGACAAUUGCUGUUUUUGUCUUAAUCCUUUAUACUGUCUAUAACUAUGUUAUUUCCAGAUUGUACUUUCAGUUUGUGACUGGAGUAUUGUGACACUCCUAAUGUUAAACAAGUGUAACAGGUUCUUUGACAACUGGAUGAGAUUGUUCGACUGUUCUCUGAUUUUUAACAUUUGAGUAGCUGCCAAGUGCUGCUAAUUGGCGUUCAACCUAACACGACCCUGCAUCGUAGCAGUGUUUGUAACUGUAACAUAAGUUCAUUUAGAGUUGAAGUCCUCCUGUCAAGAAGCGCUUAUUGUAUUUUUUCGCUCCCUGUGUUCUGCUUCAUGGAAAUACAUACGACUGCUUUUAGGAUAACGAGCUGAAACAAUGGGACAUUCUCAGCAAGAAUCUAUUUUUAUUAAAUUGCACCCAUUUAGAAGAAUUAGUUAGAUGCCAUGAGGAAAUCUGGAAAUCCGCCCUGGCUCACUACAGUCCCUGCUCACAUUGUAUAUAAAAAGCUUUCACUGUACGCAAUAACAUUUGUUUGAAUUAAAACAAAAAACAUUACUCUGAUUAGUGACUUACAUCCACUGCCCCAACAUUUGAGGACAUGAAACAGGCCCCAGCUGUAAGAUUUAAACUUACUGUAAACCCUUCAGCUGUUCAUCCAUCCACAUAGUGUUGCCAUGGUUCCCAUUAGCAGAGCAUAGGUAAGUGCGGCCUUUUGAUCAGUCCCACAAUUUCUGUGGUUUUCCAUAGAAAUACUGAUGUCAAGACCUUGCUCAUGUACAACCGUUCUGUUAUUUGUGCGUUUCACCUCGUGUUCCUUCACUUCUGUCGUUAAGGUAAGCAAUCGCUGGCCAUGGUAGAAAGUCCUGGAAAGUCUUGACUGUCCUGCCUGUGUAUCGUUUUGUUUUUUACAUCUGAAUAUACAAAAUGUUUUUCAGGUUCUCUCACAUGGCUGGUUGUUGCCUCACCUAGGACUGCUAAGUGAGCACAGUUUUCUUUAAGGAGAGAGUGGGGUUUUUUUCUUCUUGUUUUGGUCACAUGUACAUGGAUGAUGCAAUAUAUACAACAAAUACAUACAAAUACAUGAACACACAGAUAUACCGUGGGGUUCAAAAGCCUGAGUCGCUCAGAUAUUAUGUUUGAGGUCUGGUAACUACAGAGGAAAGUCAUGUCGGCACCCACGAUGCAUCAAACAGUUUGGUUUGGUGUAGCGUUGAUGAACAGUACUCCGACAACCAUUAUUUUUCAAGAGAAUCAAUCUUAUUUUCAAUGGUUUUAAGUGAUGAUGUCCUCUGUAGACAGGAGGGCAAUUCUCUGGUCGAUGUGGAGUAAGUCCCCUUAUUGUUCUUUUAAUUUUAAAAAUAACUCUUUUACCGUCUUUAAAGUAGAUGGAAUUUUUCCAGACGCUGUGAUUUAAUUGCACGUGUGUUUUUUAGUUCCUGUUGCAUUUCAUUAAAUGCGACAUUCUUUUUUUAAUCUGUUUAUUUGAUUAAGAAAUUUAGAAGAAACUGUUUCAUUAAAAUAUAAUUUUCAGUAUUCGACUCAGACUUUUGAACCCCAUUGUUUGAGUAUAAUGUUUAAGGUGUGUGUGUGUGUGUAUGUGUAUAGGUUUAAUGUAUAUACUUUGUAAAUCAUCAAAAUAGUUUUGUAUAAUUUUUCCUGAUGUUUUAAUGGAGUAUGCCCUUUUUUUACCAAUGACGUUUGGAAAGUUUGAAAAAUAAAAAAAGUAGCGGUGUUUCGGUGACGUGA